AUGACACCGAACCUGACAAGCCCAUUUACCCCAGGAAAUUUGCAUGCCGUCUCCGCCGACGAACAGGUAGACGACGGCCUCGCGCGUGCCGUGCCGCUGGACGCGCGGCAGCAGGUCGAGCAGCCAGGUGACGACCUCGAGGGCGAGGGCGUCGCAGCAGCCGAGGGCGCGGUCCUGGUCGAGGGCGCAGCAGGCGAAGAGGGCGUGCUGGAAGAGGUCGAAGACGAGGGGCGGCUCGUCGCGGGGCGGGACGUUGGCGAGGAGGGCGCGCUGGCGGGCGAAGAGGGGGCUCGGGGGUGUGCCGGCGGCGGCGGCGGCGGUGCGCAGGGAGAGGGCUUCGACGUGGCGCAUGACGAAGGUGAGGGCGGCGUGGAAGCCGGGGACGAAGAGGGCCGCAGGGAUAUCGUCGAGGUUGGGGGUGUAGUCUGCGAGGAAGGCCGGCAGGUCGAAGACGGCGCCGCGGCCUGCGCUGGGGGCGUUGCGGGUACGGGGCAGGAGGGCGACGAGGUGGUGGCGAUCGACCAGGGCGCGUUCACCGGAGGGGAGGAUGACGGUGCAGCGGGUUUGGAGGUGGGGAUAGGCGAGCCGCCGGAGAGCGGCGUGGGCAGAGACGAGAUGAGAUGGGAGCUGGCUGUUAUUGGGGUCACAAGCGUGCUGGUUCGAGAGGGCGAGGGGAUGUCUGGCAUCGUGGUCUGGGGGGUAGCUGUAAUUAUUGACGUUGACGGCAGGGCGGCCGUUUUCGAAGCGAUGACAGCAGUUCUCAAGAGUGGCAUGGUUGGUGUCUUAAGAGGGCAGAUCUCCGUUGUACGAACACAUGUCGACGUUCUGAUUGACAAACUACGAGAGGCAUGA